CAUUCGUAAACAAACUAUCGCUUGUGAUAAACGUGUUACAUUCGCUGAGUUUAACUAUCAACCAAAAAUUUAAAAACUUUUCGACUUUAAUAUUGUUUAAAAUUAUUUAAAAUAAUUUGAAAGAGUGUUUUGACUAAAACAGAAAUAAGAUAUCGCUACAAGUGAAUUUAGUUGUAUACCAACAAACCAUUGAUAAAACAGCUGUGUUCCAAUAACGCUCCGUUCCCCUGAGAAAAUUAGACAUUUGGUUGUCAUAGCGUUUUCAGCUGCAUAAAAUUUGUUAAAUUACAAAUAUAUUCUUAAAUUUGCAAUUAAUUGAAGUCUUUAAUUAAAUUACAAUGGCAGAUGAAUGGCCCUCACAAAUAUUUCGCCAGAGCAUGAUUGCAAAAAUAAAUCAAGCACUGCAGACCACGGAUCCUACAAAAAAUGCUGGCGUUAUGGAGAAUCACAUUUUCAAGAAGUCACGCAGCAAGGAAGAGUAUAUGGGUUUGGUGGCGAAACUAUUUAUGCACUUCCAAGAUUUGGCACAAAGAAAGCCUACGCAACCGCCGCCGAAACAAAAUACGGAAAUGAACCAACAGGGUAUGAUGCCAGAUCCCUUAAAUGCGCUCCAAACACUAGCUAGUCAAGGCAAUCGUAACGCUCAAAUGGCUGGUGGUCCCAAUCCUAAUCAAAUGGGUCCCGGUGGCCCUGCUGCUGCCACAAACUUGUUACAAACACUAAGUCAGCAGCGUCCAGGUCAGCAGAUGCAACAAAUGCAGGGCAUACGUGGACAAAUGCCCAUGGGCGCGGGCCCUAAUCAACAGAUGAUGCAACAAAUGAGUGGAAAUAUGGGUGGUGGUGGAAUGCAAAUGAAUGUUAUUGGUGGUGGUAUAGGUAAUGCCGGUGGUCAGCAGCCGCAUAUGGUCGGCAAUGCACAACAAAUGGGUGGCAUGCCGGGUCAAAUGAAUCAGAUGGGCGGUGGUGGUCCCGGUGGACCAGGCGGACCUGGUGGUCCAACACAACAAAUGCAAAUGGGUCCCGGACAGAUGCAAGGUGCACCCAUGAAUGUGAACGCUAUGAAUGUGCAGCAGAUGCAACAAAUGGGGCAGCAGCAGAUGGCUCAAAUGGGCAUGAACCACCAACAGCUGAAUCAAAUGAUGAAUGCACGUAUGAAUGCCGGUGGCCCGAUGGGACCAAACGCUGGACCACAAGGUAUGCAAGGCAUGCCACCGAAUAUGCAACAGAACCAAGGCGGCCCAAUGCAUGGGGGUAAUGUAGUGGGUGGACCACAGGGACAACAAGGUGGUGGCAUGCCACAAAAUGCUGGACAGCAAGGUGGCAUGAACCAAAUGAUUGGUAUGGCACCAAAUAUGCAACAGAAAGCAAACAUGCCUAUGGGUCAAGGUGGUCAAAUGUUUCAAGUGAAUCGUGGCGUGCCCGGCCAGCAACAACAGUUCUUGCGGCAAAGUCCCUCGCCAAGCACUGUGCCAUCACCGGCUGGCAUGGCUGCUGUACAACAACAGUUGCAUCAGCAACAACAAACAGCACAAAACCAGCAGCCGCAGCAACAACAACAGUCGCAAAUGAUUCCAAGUCCAGCUUUGGUGCCGACCUCAAGUCCACAAAUGUCGAAUCUUAUGCAAAAUUCACAACGGCAAAUGCGUCAAUCGCCCAGCGCGCCACUCAACACACCCGGUCAGGUGGCCAGCAAUAGCCCCUUCAAUCCACAAGAAGAUCACUUGUAUCGCGAGAAAUACAAACAGCUAACCAAGUAUAUUGAACCGCUGAAACGCAUGAUGGCAAAAAUCGGCACUGACGGCGCAAAUACUGAAAAAUUCACUAAAAUGAGCAAACUGCUGGAGAUUUUGAGUAAUCCAAACCAGCGUGUGCCUCUAGAAACGCUUUUGAAAUGCGAAAAAGCUUUGGAGAAACUUGAUAUAGUUAAUUUUACGGGUCAACAAUUUGGCAAAUCAUCAAAUCCACUGAUGGAAGUCGUAAAUACCACACUACAAAGCUCGCUUGCCAAUCACACGCUGCACCGCACUUUCCGUCCCUGCUUGGAGCUACUUUUCGGCACAGACAUAUGCGCUCCCGCACCGGCCAAAAUACAACGCAUGUCCGAGAAGCCUUCGCAGUAUGAGUGUGAGAUACCGCAUGUGCUGCAAGGCGAAAUAGCGCGCUUGGAUCAGAAGUUUAAGCUGACACUAGACAGCACAGCACAGAAUAAUCCCAAAUCCAUCAAAGUGAUUUGCUGUCUCGAUGACAAGCGUCUACCAUGUGUGCCACCAAUCACCGUUACUAUACCAGAGGAGUAUCCGAUGGCCUCUCCGAACUGCGCUUUGGCUCAACACGAGUAUGGCACCACGCCAUUCUUGAAAGCGGUGCAAAAGGCACUAAUGGCGCGCAUUGCCAAAUUGCCGAAAUUGUACUCGUUGUCACAUAUACUGGACACCUGGGAGAUGGCGGUACGCCAAGCUUGUUCACCAAACAACAAAAACGGCUUGGAUUUAGCGGCCGUUUAUGGCGCUUGAGCAUUUUUGAAUCAUGAUUUUUUCUUAGAAAAAACAGAAGAAAUUUAUUUUUGAAUUGAAUCGUUCUUUGUUACGCAAUUUUUAACGAUUUCUUUCUUUUACUUUUUUGCAUGUCAAAUUAAGCUAUAAAUAUUUUUUUAUAUAUAUAUGCAAUGGUAUAUGAUGUCAAAAUGUGUAAAUUUAUGCAUUAAAUACAUAUAUAAUACAUACUUAAUAUACC